AUGGUUUCAUUCUUCACUUCAGAUUUUUCUCGCUGUAUCACUCUCGCUUUCUGCUUCAUAACUGCUCUCGGCGCUGGUACAAAUUACGUUUUCAGCGCUUACGGCGAGCAGCUGGCAAAGGUACUCGACUUAAAUCACACCCAGAUCAGUUUGAUUGCCAGCUGCGGUAAUGCUGGCGUGUAUUUCUCCGCGCCUGCCUGGGGUCACGUGAUCGACAGGCUUCCUCUUAGAAUUCCUCUUCUGAUUAGCUCAGUCUUCCUCUUUACGGGCUACUUUGGCAUACACGCUUUCUAUACUGGUCACGUGCAGUCUGAUUCUGCUGUCGUUUAUGUCUCACUUCUUUCAAUUGCUGCCGGUAUGGGCGGAAGUGGUUCACUCCUCUCAUCCCUCAAUGCAACUACCCGAUCAUUCAGCAAAAACUUCCGAGCAACGGCUUCUGGGAUUGUCCUGUCUGGAUUCGGACUGAGCGCCUUCUUCUACUCGUUCAUCAGCCACGAGGCUUUCCCCGGCAACGUAGAUGGUUUCCUACUCACUUUGGCAUUUGGAACCUCCAUUUCAGUACUCCUUGGGGCUUUCUUCAUCAAGAUCGUCCCUCCAGAGUCAGAAAAGAUGUCUACACAGUAUGACGACGAGGGACAACCACUCUUCGAGGAAUCUUCCCUCCAAGACGAUAUUCUGACCUCACAAUCACCAAUCACAGUCAUCAAAACUGUCGACUUCUGGCUUCUCUUCUCUAUCAUCGCCCUGUUGGCCGGAACAGGACUCAUGUGGAUCAAUAACGUCGGUGCUGUAGUACAGGCACUCUUCGCUUACCACCACCCUCACUACGACUCUGUCGUCGUUGAACAGGCUCAAGCUAGACAAGUGAGUCUGCUAAGUCUGAUGAACUGCGCAGGCAGGAUACUCAUUGGUUUGUCUUCCGACUUUAUGUACAAAAAGUACAAACUGGAUAGAGCUUGGUGGGCUGCCAUUAUUUCUGCCCUCUUCUUCAUCUCUCAGGUAGUCGCUCAGUCUAUCCAGCUCCCUGUACAUCUCAGCUGGGCUACGGCGCUCAUCGGUUUGUCUUACGGUAGUUUGUUCGCUAUCGGACCGGUACUCACUUUAGAAAUGUUCGGACUGCACUAUUUCUCAUCAAAUUGGGGUGUUAUGAGUUUGGCACCGGCUAUCGCGGGCCCAAUUCUCAACCUAGUUUUUGGUGCGAUUUACGAUCAUCACGCACCAACUGAAGGUGAUGUACUAAGAUACUCUGCAUUGGAAGGUGUGUUGAACAUGCCAGCAACUGCAUCAACGUGUCUCGAAGGACGUGGAUGCUACAUAUCCGCACUGCACCUGACUACAAUCUCGUGUAUAUUAGCUCUAGUGCUAUCAGUGUACGGUGCAAUCAGGAGAAAACCGAGCACACCAAUUUUCAGAGAGGAGACGCCCGACGACAGAUUGGAUUAG